AUGCCGCCGCUCCGGCCUCGAUUGCUCCCGACUGCGCGCUCGAGGCUGGCCGCCGCGCCGCCGGGAAGCAUCGAUUGGUUUGGCCUGCCGCCGCGGUACCCCGGCAUAAAGCGCUUCGCCGAGUCCCUCUGUCCCGGCUCCGGACCGGGUCUCCCCGGUGUCGGGCAGGGGCUUAAGUCCGCUCCGCACCGGCUCGGGAGCGCGUCGUUGUCUCGCGUGGGACUGUCGCUGUGCUCCCUCCGUAGUGCCAAGAAGAGCCGAGGCCAGCAAGAGUCACGGUGGAGGUGGCUGAAGGCAGCGGUCCUCCUCUCCUCCGCUGCCGCCGGUGGCCUCCUGAGCUGGAGCUACCUGAGGGCCGAGGACGGGGUCACGGAGGUGCUGGCUCAUCACAGCGAGAACCUGCAGGACAAGUUCGUUGAGAUCCCCUGCUCUGAGGACUACAACAGCCACAAAAGAUUUGAAGGGUGCACUCCUAGAAAGUGUGGAAGAGGUGUGACUGAUGCAGUAAUCACAAGGGAAGAAGCUGAAAGAAUCCGUAGAAUAGCAGAGAGGGGACUGUCCUUGGGAGGAUCUGAUGGAGGGGCAUCAAUUUUGGACUUGCACUCUGGAGCUCUUUCACUGGGGAAGCAUUUUGUUAAUCUGUACAGGUACUUUGGGGACAAAAUUCAAGACAUCUUCACAGAAGAGGAUUUUGCAUUAUAUCGUGAUGUGAGACAGAGAAUUCAACAGAGGAUUGCUCAGGCGUUUGGUAUCAACUCUGCUUCCAUGUACCUGACUAAGCCAACGUUCUUCUCAAGAAUAAACAACACUGAAGCCAAGACAACACAUGAUGAAUACUGGCACCCACAUGUUGACAAGGUGACUUAUGGCUCUUUUGACUACACUUCACUGCUCUAUCUCUCUGAUUACACUGAAGAUUUUGGUGGUGGACGGUUUGUGUUUAUGGAUGCAGGUUCCAACAAGACAAUAGAGCCCCGAGCAGGCCGGGUUUCCUUUUUCACCUCUGGAUCAGAGAACCUUCAUCGGGUAGAAAAGGUUCACUGGGGCACUCGCUAUGCCGUCACCAUCUCCUUUACGUGCAACCCAGACCAUGGCAUUGGGGAUCCAGUCUUGAUGUAAUUCCUCUGGGGAUGGAACAUGAGGUCAAAUGGAAUGAGAGAAGCCCUGCAAAAGGAGAAGAAAAAGGGAGAUAACUCUUACAACCUCACAUUCAAUUAGACUUUCCCAGCUGUAUUAAUAUAUUGCAAUACACUUUGUUUUCACGUCCUUUUCCAUAAAUGUUGCAAAUGGUGCCUUAAAGACCAUCUAAAAUUUGGCGUAUUCUGAAAAUGGUUUGUCUUCAUGUCCUAAAGGAAUAGGCUACAAAGAAGAGUUCCAGAGUAGGCUCUUUUUUUAAAAUUUUUUUUUAAUUCUUCAGUUUAAAAGAUACAAUCUUUUGGACCAUGUCUUGAUAUGACUCCCCAUGCUGCUGUUACCUCUUUAUUUAGUCUCUUCAGUUACUAAUGCAAUGUAGAAAGUUUGACUUAAGUUAAUAGAGCAAGAUGAGUGUUAUUCUUCUGAACAUACCUUCUGUUGAGACAAAUGUAUUCUCCUUAGCAUGGGCAUUAGCGGGCAAUACACAUGUGGUUUGACUACUGGGACUUACUUGAACUUUUUUUAUUGAAUUACUACAGAGAUAUUUUCUGCUACGAACAGGGACUAGUUAAUACAAAAUCAGAAAUACAAUUCUCUGGCUGGCUAGAAAGCCUAUUGCUUUUGGAUUGCAAAUGCUUUGUGCUAGGGAAUGUCACUGCAUUAGAUACCUUUGAUCAGAAUGCAGCAUUCCCAACUCAUCUUGUUUUCUUUGGGUCUUAAUGAAAAUGAUCAGUCUCCUGGCUGGAAGCCUGGUGUUAGGGUUAUUAAGAGCUCUUUAUGGAGAUGGUUUGACCAUGUAACCCUGUACAUUAAGUAAAUAUUAAAAAGGAGAGCUGGGCAGAGGUAUUCAGACAGUCCUCUGGAUUCAUCUGAGCAUUCAUCAUUACCUAAUUCCCAGGUAGGGCAGUGUGGUUUGGGAGGGGCACAGCUGAGAAAAAAACCCUAGUUUUAUUGUGGUUUUCCAUCUGCCAGUUCUGGCCGCCUCCAACUCAAUCCUGUGAACCCUGGCUUGCUGCUUGGAAGGCUGGGUAACAAAACUCCAUGGACCAGUGGACUGUGCCAUGUGGGGUCUGAUGAGGGAAACUGGUGUCCACCUGUACUUUAAAUUGAUAUGGUCUCAAGUUAGGGCUUUGUUGUAAAACACUUUGAAAAUAUCUAUUUAUUGGGCCUACAUGAAAUCUUAAGACCAAGUUGGAGGAAGCUUGGGUUUUUUGUUAUUGUUGACACAACUGCGAAUCUUAUGUUGUGAAAUACUGUGUUUUAUCUUGUUCAAAACAAUGUUUUAUCUGCUUCAGAAAGUCUCAAUAGCUCUUACUGGACUUCUCUUUCUCAGCUUAGUAUGAAGACUUCUUUCUGUUAACUAGGACCAUUAGUCUGUGGUGUCCUUGAAUAAUAAAUUGCAAGGACUUAAGAGAAGAGGGGAUGAUUGCAUUGCAGUACCGAUAAAAUAACAUCUAAAUGCAUAAUCUUGCCAAUUACCUUACUUUCUUAUUACAGUCAAAGAUUUUUAUGGGUUGGCGCAUCAGUAAGUGAACGGUAGGAAAAUAGAAUUUGAUUGAGGGGAAAAAAAUUAGGAAGCAAACACGUUGAUUUGUUUUACUAGUAGUCUAUAUAAUUUGUGUGAAACACUUUGAAAAUCUGGGAAUGUGCUUUGAUUUUUUUUUUUUAAUUUGUUUAUUAUGUAUACAGUUUUUACUUUUUAGUCUACCCUUUUAUGGAAAUAAUAAGUAUUGGGGAGGAUUACACCGAAAAUCCAUAUAAAUAGGAAUGAUGACAGGACACUUGGACUUGUUCUAUUGUGAUUGUUCUCAUUUGGCACACCAGCGAGAUUGGUCUUUUGUAAUUUCAUUUCUUUGUUCUCAAACUUGA